UCCUGAACUGUCUCGUGACCAACGCUGGCCAAUCACAGCAGAGACUGUACAGGGACGACAACAACAAAAAACAAUGCAUUCGAAGCGUUUGUUUGUAUUUGGUUUGUAUUGCGUUUGACCUGCGGAGUCUCACUCGGUAGAGUUGUUAAGUAUUAUAUUUGUCGACGUAAUUGUAAUUCAGUGUUUGUCUCGGUCAGGCGAAACAAACAAGGUAACGCCGCAGGGUAGCGCAGACGGUCGGAACAUAACGUCACAUAACGUUAAUUCUCUGACGACACCACCGUUAGCUGGCUGUGUGUCAGGACGCCUCGCGAGCGGUGACAUCAACUGUUUUUGUUUUUAGAGCGCGGGAUAUAAUUUAUCCGUUGGCUGGUGGCUGGUAGCACGCGCACUGUCCUGACUGACGCUGAGAGUGAUCGUGCUGCUCCACCUGAAGCCGCGCGGGAUGCUCUGACAUGCUGCGACCAUGUUCAAAAAUGUGUUCGGCUCAGGCUUUCUGGUGAGAACAGCUCAUGUGAUUCUGACAUGGGUCAUAACGUUGAUACUCUUCCUACAUGAUACACAGCUGAGGAAGCAGGAGGAGACAGGCCAGCUCGUCCAGCCUGUGCUCUUCGUCCUGCUGGUGCUAGUGUCGGUAUUGCUCUAUUUCGCUGUUUCUCUGAUGGACCCGGGCUUCAUCCUGUCUGAAGACAGCGACUUACAGUUCACGCUGGGAGUGACUGAGGAGCAGCAGGACAUGAUUCCACCCACCACUAAAUCCCUGCGACAGCGCCGCUGUGGCCACUGUCUGCUGCAGCAGCAGCCAAUGAGAUCAAAGCACUGCCAGACGUGUCAGCACUGUGUCCGACGUUACGACCAUCACUGCCCCUGGAUCGAGAACUGUGUCGGUGAGAGGAACCACCGCUGGUUUGUGCUUUACCUGGCCAUCCAGCUGCUGGUGCUGCUGUGGGGGCUGCACAUCGCCUGGACGGGUUUCAACUAUGCGCCCACCUGGCAGCUAUGGCUGCGUACCAAUGGCAUGCUGCUGGCCGUGGCCGUGCUGGUGGCCCUGCUCUCGCUGGUUGUGCUGCUCCUGCUCGGCUCUCACCUCUACCUGGUUUCCCUCAACACCACCACCUGGGAGUUCAUGUCGCGCCACCGCAUCUCCUACCUCAAACACUGCGGCGCUGACGAAAACCCCUUUGACCGCGGCACCUUCCACAACCUUUGGGGUUUCUUCUGCGUGUGGGGCACGGUGGUGUGGGAACAGGUGUACUUCAGGGAGGGCAGCGACCAAGUCUAGGAGCGCAUGACAAGGAGUAACCCAUGAAGAACCUUUCUGGAUUUAGGGAUCACACACUUGACCACAAAGUUGGGAUAUAAGCUAUCCUUGUGUGCAGUUUACCUUUGUAGAGGCAUGACUCUGCAACAUUUGUUGCACAUUUGUUUUUUUCUUUGUUUGCUUGCAGUGCACAUUUCCUGUUUCUCCUCCUCUCCCUAAGUGGCUGUCAGGAGACUACAAGUUGUCCCAUAUACCCUCAGAAUGAAGUCCAUCCUCUUAGUGACAAAGUAUCUCUUUGUGGACAACACAGCCCUUAUUCUAACAAUCGUUUACAACCAUUCAAGUAUAACAUUACCCUGAGACGGGCACCUGUCUGUCUGCACUUUACCGUCCAGACUCUUUGUUUAGGCACCCACGUCCCACUUGACCCUCAUGCCUGCAUCCUCCACUCAAUCAUUGAUGUGGGCAGUAAUUACAUGUUUGAAGUACUGCUGGUUCUGACUGUUAAUGAACUCUGAAUUUUUUCUUUUUGGAUCAGACUUGUUUUAGGUGCAUGUGAUGAACUGUCACAGUCUGAGGAUUUUGAAAUAAAUUGGUAUGUUUGUUGUUUAAUACAAAGUUUCAUUCUC